ACACAAGCCUCCCGUUUUAUUGUCCCCUCGCCUUUAAGCUCAACGGAUAAAGCAGGGAAACCGGUAACGGAAAAAGAAGAGGAGCACGCUUCGUGGGUGAGAAUGGUGCUGCUCCACUGUAUCUUCGGAGGCGUCAUCGCCUUUCUCUUAGGGUUUCUUUUGCUACUUAGGCAUCGAAUGAAUAAGCCGGGUAAAAUCGGGAUUCAUUCGGUGAUGAUGCCGGCCAAAGCUAGAUCGCCAUGUUCGGCAGAUGUCAUCGUUGUGGGAGCCGGCGUAGCUGGAUCAGCACUUGCCUACACGCUUGGUAAGACUGGUCAUCAUGUACAUGUUAUUGAAAGAGAUCUGACAGAGCCUCAUAGGAUUGUGGGUGAAUAUUUACAACCCGGUGGCUACCUGAAAUUGAUUGAGUUAGGCCUUGAGGAUUGUGUUGAAGAAAUUGAUGCUCAACAAAUUUAUGGCUAUGCACUUUUUAACAACGGACAGAGUACUAGGCUCUCCUAUCCUUUGGAGAAAUACGGCUCACAUGUUGCUGGUAGGAGCUUUCACAAUGGACGUUUUGUGCAGAAGAUGCGGGAAAAAGCUGCAUCUUUACCCAAUGUUCGCAUGGAGGAGGGAACUGUCACAUCCUUGUUAGAAGUGAAGGAAGUAGUCAAAGGAGUAGUAUAUAAGAGUAAAGCUGGUGAAGAACUGCAAGCUUUUGCUCCUCUUACUAUUGUAUGUGAUGGCUGUUUUUCAAAUCUACGGCGUUAUCUCUGCUCUUCAAAGGUGGAAGUUCCAUCUUCAUUUGUUGGCUUGGUCUUGGAGAACUGCAAGUUGCCAUUUCCUAAUCACGGGCAUGUUAUUUUGGCAGAUCCUUCACCAAUUUUAUUUUAUCCCAUAAGUAGCACAGAAGUUCGCUGCCUGGUUGAUGUACCUGGUCAGAAAAUGCCUUCCAUUGCUAAUGGGAAGAUGUCUAAUUAUCUGAAGACUUCUGUAGCACCUCAGAUACCAACUGAACUGCAUGAUGCCUUUAUUGCGGCUGUUGAUAAAGGUAAAAUAAAGACCAUGCCAAACAGGAGCAUGCCAGCGAACCCUCUCCCAACUCCGGGAGCGCUUCUAAUGGGAGACGCUUUCAACAUGCGACAUCCACUAACCGGUGGAGGGAUGACGGUGGCAUUAUCAGAUAUUGUUGUUCUACAGAACCUCCUUGCACCACUGCAUGAUUUCCAUGAUGCAUCUUCUCUUUCUAAAUAUUUGGAAUCCUUCUACACCUUGCGAAAGCCUGUUGCUUCGACAAUAAACACCUUGGCUGGUGCACUGUACAAGGUUUUCAGUUCCUCACUUGAGGCGGGAAGGAAUGAAAUGCGGCAAGCAUGCUUUGACUAUCUGAGGCUUGGAGGAACUUGCUCAACAGGACCUGUUGCUUUACUCUCUGGCCUUAAUCCCCGUCCAUUGAGUUUAAUUGUCCAUUUCUUUGCUGUUGCAGUAUUUGGGGUUGGUCGUCUCAUGUUGCCAUUUCCUUCUCCAAAGAGGUUAUUGAUUGGAGCUAGAUUAAUCGCUAGUGCUUGUGACAUAAUUUUUCCUAUAAUAAGAGCAGAGGGGGUUCGUCAAAUGUUCUUUCCUGCAAUGAUUCCUGCUUAUUACAGGAGGGUUCCUUCAUAAUGAAAACUACAAUUUAAACUCUGUAUAACAUGCUGCCAUUGUAUUGAUUGUGAUAUUAAUGUAUUAUUGCCAUUAAAUCGGCAAUUAGUAACGUUAUUGUUGAUUUUUGAUGGUGAGCUCACCAACAACUUUUGUCGACCCGAAAUC